AUGGGAAGGUACUCUGUACGCCUGCCAAGUGUUAGUGGAAGAAGUUCGUUCGCAUAUUCCAUAACCGCGUUCUCAAAUCUUCCCAAGCGAGUCAACGGAGUACUCAGCUUUGGCCAUAUCAUGACCGAGAACAUGACGCUGGAACUGGUCUCAACUGCCAAGUGCUACGAGGGCGAGCAGCGGGUGUACCGCCACCGCUCCGGCACGUUGGACUGCGACAUGACCUUCGGAGUCUUCCUACCGCCGGCUGCGCUGGAUGACAAACCCUGUCCGGUGCUCUUCUUCCUUAGCGGACUGACCUGCAGCCACGAGAACUUCAUCCAGAAGAGCGGCUUCCAGGCGCACGCCGCGCGCCACAAUCUGAUCGUCGUGAAUCCGGACACUUCGCCCAGGGGCGUAGAAAUCGCCGGACAGGAUGAUGCCUACGACUUUGGCAGCGGGGCUGGUUUCUAUGUGGAUGCCAAACUGGAGCCGUGGUCCAAGCACUACAAGAUGUACAGCUAUGUGACCCAGGAGCUGGUGGAUGUGGUGAAUGCCAAUCUGCCCGUGGUUCCCGGCAAGCGGGGAAUCUUCGGUCACAGCAUGGGCGGCCAUGGAGCACUGAUCUGUGCGCUCAAAAAUCCCGGAUUGUACCAGUCGGUGUCGGCCUUUGCCCCGAUAGCCAAUCCCACGGAGUGCCCGUGGGGCCAGAAGGCCUUCGCCGGAUACUUGGGAUCCAAUCCGGAUGACUGGGCCGUGUGGGAUGCCACGCACCUGGUGUCGCAGUACGAGAGCACGCCGCAAGAACUGUUCAUCGACCAGGGUGCGGCGGACAACUUCCUCGCCGGCAAGCAGCUGCUGCCGGAGAACCUUCUGGCUGCCGCCGAUGGCAACGACCACAUCCAAACCAUCUUCAAAAAUCGGGAGGGCUAUGAUCACAGCUAUUUCUACAUCGCCACCUUCAUCGGCGAACACAUCGCCUACCAUGCCGCCCUGCUCACCGCUGCCGCUUGAGGCUCUCCUUCGAAAUUUGAUGCCCCUGUUGCUAGUACUUUUCAAUCGGUUUGUAUUUGACUGCAAAUAUGAUUAAUACAUGUCAAUAAAUCAAGAGAAAAAUCAAAUCCA